AUGCUUUCUGAUCCGGUGGUGACACCUGACAUAAUUUUAUUAGAAAAUAGCGGCACGGCGUGCGCUCAUUGGCUAGCCGCGACUAUAGAUAUUAAAUCCAAGGUAAUAAGCACUCUACAAAGAAGGCCGAAAGUUUGGCAGAAUCGCAGAAGAUUAGUAAUGGAGCCACCGAACGACGCUCACGGUACGGCUAGAGCUCAGGGUUUGGAUCAUCGUGAAGACCAUACUACGUCCUCUUUAUUGGAGCUGGUUCCAAGUUUGGAGCAUUCAAUCGUUGGUAUAUUGAAUCACAACGGCGAGCUAAAUGAUCAAGAUUCAGGUAGGGGCUAUCUUGUUAGGGUAACAAAUCUUCGAAAAUUUUGUACUCAUCACUCACAUUAACUCAGUAUUAUAAAAAAUAAAUUUUCUAAUGACUUGAGUGAGAGCUCCUUCUAAUUUAAUUCACUUGAUAUAUGCCUUAACAGAUAGCGGCAAGAACGGCUGUAUAGACGGCAAAGGCUCCCCAACUGAGCACAAGAGGAUUGAUACUGUUUCUCUAGAUGAUGAAGAUAGAAAGGGCAGUGAUACCCAAGGCGUCAAACAGAAGCGACAUCGCACUCGAUUUACUCCAGCCCAGCUGAACGAGCUCGAGAGAUGCUUCGCUCGCACGCAUUACCCCGACGUGUUUAUGAGAGAAGAUCUUGCAGCACGGAUUGGACUGACAGAAUCGCGAGUUCAGGUACAAAUGUUAAAGACCGGCAAUAUAUGAUUAACUCGAUAUCAGUGGGAGAAAAAUAGCAGUUUAAGGAUCUUUUGGCAUAAUGAAGUUUAUGUAACGGUUUGUUUUGAGAUGAAUAACAAAAACGCUCCUCCGUAUAAAUACCUCUUAAUCUUUGGCACUUUUUUUCCAGCAACUUAGUCGUACAAAGCGGGCAGACGUUAGCUAGUUAGAGUUUAGUAUCUGAUUUCUGUUAAAUGAUAAAAUCGUUUACGCCGCCACCAAUUUUUUCCGGCUAUAAUGAUAUAUUUGUAUACUUUUCGCCCUAAUCACUUUCACACUGCGGAAAGACUAGCACAAACCUUUCAAUUCAAAGACGCUGUCUCGGGGAAUUAUGUCAGUAAGCGAGCAAUAUUUGCAAGAAGAAAUCAAAUUUUUAUUGCUGCGAGGACGAUUUAUUAUUUUUAUCGCGGACACAACAAGAAUUGCCUUUGUGGUAUUAAUUUGCUUUUUGUUUUGAGAUACGCUUUACCGGUGGUCUUCAGCGAGCGAGAAAUGGCACGUCCCUCGCGGCUAAAUUUCUCGUCAAAUGAUUAUAAACCGUGUGGAAAGAUAGAUGGGUUCGCAAACCGUGGGUUGUUCCUUUUGAUUCCCUAUUUCCCGAGCGCUUGACCGUUGGCGUGGCAGAACUCUCAGAGAGAAGGUAGACCACACAUCUCUGAAUGUACACAAUGAAUAGAUUAUUAAAAACAUAUUCAAUAGCAAUGGCCAAAAUAAACCUAUUGGAAAUUCUAAUGAAGCGAGCCAAACGGAAAGCCCUCUCGUGAUUUUUAAAAUUUAUCUGCAAGCUAUUAUGUCUAAGAAGGGCAAGUGAAUAAUGGGUGCUGCUGAAAUGGAAACUAUUAUCUCGAAACAGUGUGUUGCAUUUGCCAACCGUAGUUGUGUUUACACCGGCGUAGAAAUAAUUACUUUCAAGUAUUUUAGCAGAGUGGAGGUGUUCUUUUCUGUUUUGACUUUGCUGUCGGGGUAAUUGGAAAGUUUUUCUUGCCUUCUUCUGAUACUACAUUAGAGUGUCGAAGCUUGUCAAAUUUCGGUUAUCGCAGAUUCGAUAUUAAACGAUGGAAAUGAGGUACUACAUCUCGCUUAUAAACACCUGUUUCAAUACAUUCUGCGCGUUGAUCGCGGACAGCUGAAUUCUACUUUAGUUCUGAAAAUUCCUUCUAGAAAUAUAAAGUGGUUUUUGGUUCUGGAAAAACAAAAUGUUAUCGAUAUCUGUGGUAAAGUUAUAUGUACUGUAACUUUGUAAACAUAGCUUUAUCUUCAAGGAAGGGAAAAAAACUUCUAUAAACUAUUCACUUUCACAUUAAAAAGUACGUGAAAUUGAAAAGUCACAUGCAAGAUAUUAAUUUGCCCCUGGAGCUAAUAAAUUCUGGACUACGUUUUGUCGAGCUUUUAGUUAGCUUCAGGUAGAGCUUUAAACAUUUUUCAUGAAGUCAUUUUCCAGGAGAAACAGUGUUGCGUAUUAGAAAGGCAGACAAGUACGGAGCUCGUUAGAGGAGAGAGUGAUUUGAAAGACAAAGCAAAGACCGGUGUUUUUCAAUAUAAUUAGAAUACCUAUAAAGGCGGGCGGGUUCGCUUAGCUCUCCUGUAAUUACAUUUUUCAUUUCAGCGUGUUCUUGGUCGCAUACUUAUAAAGGACAGCGAACUUAAGAAGUGGAUUACCUCAAAACCGCCUUAGAAUUAAACCGUGCCGGGCAUCAAAACCUGUUUACUUAGAAAAAAUAUUUGGCGUGGUUCAAAAUCCGCUAUUUUGAGCUACUUUGUACUGAGAAGUCUAUUUUUGGUCACCAAGUCGUGUUUGGAAAACGCACUGAUUUUUUUGGAGGAUUCUUUUAGUGUAACCUUUCAUUCGAAUUUACACUUAUGUUUUUGCUGGUUCUCCUCAGUGUAGUCAGUAAUGAAAUUAAAGAUAAUUACUGCAAAACCAGGGUUCGUAUCUCUUUUGGUUACUCGUAUUGUACUGAGCGAUUGUUCGGAGAACUAAAUGAUUAGGAAUACAAAGGAACCAGAGUCAUAACCACAAUUAUGUUAUUUUCGCGUCUCGCUGAACGACUACGGAAUUAAAAAGUCACUAAAAACGUAUUAGUAUAUGAUGCUUGACUGUUAUUCCUUGUUUUGUUCUAAAUAGGUAGUUCAAUAGAUUGGUUCUUGGAAAAGACUUUUAUAAUUAGGGCCUCAAUCUUGUCGUCGAAAGCAAAAUGUUACGCUUAGAUUACAUGUACUCUGUGUUUGAACAUAAAAAAAAUUGUGUGGUGUAUACGUUAUCGCGAAGAAAAGACGCUUGUACUUUUGGGUAAGCAAAUUGUUUUGAACAAGUCGUACUAAAUUGAAAAUAUUAGCUCACUCCAUGGGUGGUUAAUUUUUAGGCGUGUCAAACCCGCGCUUCUGGCAAUGACACAAGGGAGAGAACGACCCUGACCCCUAGAAAGAAAAACCUAAACAGUUUACUUAAAUCUUAAGCUUCGUUGUAAAACUUAAAUUAAUCGUCAAUUGUAAGGAAAUACAACCAGAAAAUAUUAAAUGUAACCUUAAAUCACAUUUCAUUUAAAAAUGACGCCUGUGCAGUUUAACUGCUAUUGACACAAAAGUUUGUACCCCAAGAAACUCAACGCGGAUUUGCGCACCUUAGCUGUGUUAAAGGGAUUUGAUUCACUGCGACAAGCCAGACACGCGGCGGUACGGAACACUGAGGCAAUACCAAAAUUAUUUACCGGGAUAUAUUCUGAACCAUUGUACAAAAUAUUCUAUAGCGGUCGGCACAUUGGCGGCACAGAUCCGUGUUUGCUUUAGAGGUAUCGAUAGGUUACGCCGGGUUGAUCAAAGUGUAAAAUGAAAACAUCAAGUCUAUUGUUUGCCUUUUCUGCUCGCUUAAAAAAUAAAACCGAAAUUUUUAAAAUAGAAGUAAAUCACUCCACUGUCGUCAAGGAUUUGGGUAUUUCCUUGGCUCUUUGUCUGGUCACUGCGCUACAAGUUAUUGAAGGUUUAAUGGCUUUAUUAACGACGAUUGGCGAGAAAUCUCUUAAGCGGUGGAUGUCAAAGAUGGAAUAUUGUGAGAAAAGGGCCGGCUUCGCCAGCAAGAAUGUUACUAUAUGUUCAGUUGGGGUUAUUAAGUAGAAAUCCUUUGUCGGCAAAUAAUAAAGCAUGGUUUUUAUUCUAACAAAUCCGUGGCAAACGCAAUCUUAAAACUAAAAACAAAUUGAAGAUAGAUUGAAUACGGAUUGCAAAUGGUACAAAAGUUUUUAUGCCGGAUUUAAUACACCUUAGAAAUACGUGCAACGUAAGAAAAAGUGUACAUUUCCCUUUGCCAGCCCCGCGAAAAAUGUUUACUUCACAUAUUUAAAGAAUUAUAUUUUAAAUUUAGCUAAUAGUUUUCUUAAUCAUCAAAGCUAAACAGCUUCAAACAGAACAAAACUAGAAAUAACUUUUAUUUUGGUGGUGUAUCAUAAACCUGAGAGGAGAUGCGUGUGAAUUUUGCUAACAAAGCAUUACCAUAUUUUCCAUAUUUUCGAAGAGAAAUUUUGGACUCCGUUGAGGCUUAAAUAAGGUUGUCUUGAAGUUUUCCAUCGUUGCUUUUAAAUAUUUUGGAAUAAAAAGAGAGUCUUGAAGUAAAAAAAGGAAAUUUAAGGAAAGCCGACGGUGGACAGCAUAUGCUUGAUUUUCUGUACCCAAGGCGGCAACCUGGUGCCGCUUUGUUAACUGAACGGGUACCAGGUCAUGAUAAUUUUCGGACUAUUCAAAUCUUUGUAAAAAUCACAGCUAAACCCGAUACUUUUCUUCAGUGAUAAGGUUUUUCUGAGAAAUCUUUAGUCAUAGCUAUUCAAGAAGCAGCUGCGAGUUUUGAGAAAUCUUUGGGAACUUCAGGAAAUAAAUUACGUGGGGUUAGUCAAUUUCCUCGGGUAUACCUCAAACAAUUAUUUUCAAUCGAUACGACUACCUGCUAGUUUCUUAUUUCAUCGGUUUUUAGCUGGAGGAAGAGUCGUGUUGUAUACAUGUGCUUUUUAUACAAACAAAAGUAUCAUUUUAAUAGUACACUUUGUUAGCGACUUAAGAAGCAAUUGGGUUUACGGGGGGCUCGCCAAUUUCUUUCAGUGUGAUUUUAAAGAGAUACCUCUUUCAAACGAUACAAUAAGGUACUUUCAUGUAUUUUUUGUAAAGUUAUUUUUUAGGUGAGAUAAGAAGUUGUGUUAUACAUGUGCGUUUUUCUUUAUACAAACAAGUGUAUCAUUUUAACUGUUAACAUUCCCAACGGACAGUUAGUUUCUUUCCCGUUAAAUUGGUGCCUUGUCUUAUUGAUAGAAAAAGUUAACAUUCAACAUUUUUUUCGAAUUCCUCAGACCUAGGUUUUUGUUAUUAAUGUAAGCAAUUUCUCCUUCCAAUUCGAGUAUUUUGCUUUCUUAUUUUUGCUGGUUAGGCACAAUGCAAACUUCAUCAAAAUUAGCAUUUUUUGUGUUUGCACAUAAAACUAAACAACCAAGAUUUGUCGGCGAAGUAAAAGCUUACUCACUUCUGUUUUGGCUCUAUUCAACAUAGGAGAAAAACACUUUAUUUAUUAAAAAAGUGACGAGGGUGACUUUAACAAUGAUUGAGAUACUUCAUUCUUUGUUUUAGUGUCUCUAGAGUAGGGGAAAAAAAAGAAUAUAACGUUUAGUUUGUUGUAAUACCCGAGCUUGUUAAAUUUCAAGUGACUUCUUGUAAAAUGCGAAAUAAUUGUUUGCAAAUCGACAUAAUCAUUUUCCGACAAUGCCGCGAAGAAGAUUAAUUAAAAACUUCACUCGUAUGUUUAAACAGCUUUCUGGGAACAAAUUUUGUCAGCCCUGGUUUCCUCUCCUACGUAGAACGCUCUCUGAGUGUAGGAAAAUAGCAAUUUGAUUUCGCUAUCAGAGGCUAUCUACGAAGAACAAUCGUUCAUCCUGCGUAUUCAGAAUGCAAUUAACAGUAUUCAAUCUCAAUUUCCACUUAGAUUGCCUCGUCCACAAAGGUGUGGUUUCUGUCCUUUUUUUAAAUUAACUUUUUCACUGCGAAGCAUUUUUUAAAACCCAAGGCUAUUUUUAUUGUACGUCGCAUUUUUCCCAAAAGAAGGGAUUCAUAGUUUUAGUAUGUUAAAAAUUUCUUAUCAAUUUGUUAGUUAAUAGUCUCCUUCAGGAGUUUGCGCAACUUAUAAACAAAUUGGGGCAUGUUUUACUUUUGUAUUCGUUGAUGUUCGACUUCGAUUAAGCCACUGAUGCUGUAUGUUUUGCCAAUGAAGUGAAUAUACAGUAACUUUGAAUUGUGAAAACAUGCGCUAACAUUUCGCAAAUCAUGAUGCAGUAUUUACGUUGUAAAAGUGGCCUUCAGCCAAGUGAUCUUUCAUCGAGGGGAAACAUCGUCAAAAUAAUUUAUUCGCCGCAGGUAGUAUCUACAAAUGGCUACGCUGAAAGCGGACAGUACCGAAGACGAGAAAUCGUUAAUAAGUUCAAAAUUUUGGAUGAAUUUACCCCCAUUAAGGUAGCACUUUAUUAAGAGAAAUUUUCAUGAAGAUAUUUGACAUUAGGUCUCUCGAAGAACACGUUCUGUGCAUAAUAUGAAGAAUAGUCGUUGAGAUGGAAAUGUCUAACUCUUUCAAUUUAAGUUAAACUGAAAAUAAACAAAUAAUAGAUAUACAAGAAGUAUAAACUUAAGUGUUCGGCAAAGUCUUGAAUUCUGAACGUCUUUAAAUUUGCAACGCAGUUUUUCGAAACUGAAAAAAGUCUGGUAAAUGGAGAGAAAAUCUGGAAAAAUGGUAAAAAAAUUGAAGUUUUUCUUAAGCUACAACAAGUACUUUGUAAGUGAACUUUUUCCCGUGGUCAAAUCUCCUUCAGUCUUGCCCGUAACAUAGAAUGUUACGGGCAUUUUUCUCGUAGAAUGAGAAGUUUCAGAACUCUCUAUGUCUGCAUUGCACCCUGAUAACUUUACGUUUGCAGUACAUCAAGAGAAAAGAUUGGUUCUGAUAGUUUCCUUUCAAUGUUUGUGUUGAUCAUAUAUUUGAGAACCUUGAGUCCAAAAAGACUGAAAUUAUUGUUCUGGAAAAAAAUCUUGAAGUUUGGAUCCAAAAAUCUGUACGCACCCUGGUUGAGGAAAUAUGUCAUGUAAUAAGUACAAGUUCUAGUUGUUUGGAGAUACAUAUAGUGUGAAAAUCCAUGUAAAGCUAUCGCAGAAGAACCUCUACAUUGUGAUAUAUGAGUUAUUUUUCACUGAGCUUUUCUUCUCAAAACAUAGCCGGUUGUAUUGUUGUUGUUGUUUUUUUUUUCUUCUAAUUUUUUAUAUUUGGAGCCCUUGGGAAGAAACGUUUUUUCUUACUGAUCAAUUUUAGCUGAGGCAUAACAAGUCGGUCUUACUUUUGAGCCCGUUUAAGGAAUCCUGUUUUUAUGAUCAAUCAAAUAAAACCCUUCCAGUGAUACUGUUACGUGGAUCUAUUUGUUUUACAACAUAUAGCAGGACAACAAGAAGGAUUUUUUUUGCGAAUGUUUAUUUGCAGGUACUUGAGGUAGUGAUAAUAUUAUUGUGUAGUCGAAUGCCGUUUCCCUCUUAUGUCCCAUUCACGCUAACAAAGCUGGCAUAUUUUAUCAAACUCGACCUUUUUAAAAAAGUAAGAAAAUAAGUGGGAGAAGACUGGGUUUUAUACAGGAUUCGGCAAAUCAGCGUUAACUUGUGCCUUCAAAAAUAUAUAUAUAUAUCAUUUUAAAACGGUGUGGAUAGGGAAUAAGUCAAAAUGAUAUGGACCUUACAACGGCGUCUCCUUGGUACAACGGAAGGGUCAAUCUGUCCUGUGCGUUUCAAGGAGACACCUGUGGGUCACCCAUCCCGACCAAAUGACCAUCACCAUCACCAUCUGUAACCUUGAAAGUUACUUAGCUAUGGUUUCUUUGAAAAGACAAGCCGACUGAUCAUCAUGUUUUUCCCUUGUAGGUUUGGUUCCAAAAUCGUCGAGCAAAAUGGAAAAAACGCAAGAAGACGGCGGCUAUUCUCCGUCCUCCAGCGCCCAUUCUGCCUUCCCACAUGGCACAGGCAUAUAAUCCAAGCCCCAUAGCGGACUCCCUAUGUACCUUCCACAAUGACCACAGGUGGCCCACCACAGUAGGCACAGCCAUGCCAACAAUGGCACCAGUUACCACUCCUUCUCUACCGCUAUCGCCCCCGCACCAUCCAUUCGCACAGACUGGGCACGAUGUACUCCAGCAAUCGUAUUCACACCAGUCGUCUAUGCCUCGGUCGCAUCUGAGCAUGUCCAUUCAACAACAAGGGAACUCGCCAGCUCAGCCAACCUUUCAACAACCGUUCGUUGGCACCAGAGAGAUGCCAAUAUCGUCGUCGCCAUCUCUUCAAGAUAUUCAAUGCAGUAUUCCUAAUGGUGGAGAGUUAUGGCGGGGCUCGAGUAUAGCGUCUUUAAGAAGAAAAGCACUUGAACAUAAGGCCGCAUUUACGUAUAGAUAAGUGGUAUGCCAGUACAGUUACGGCGUUGGGUCAACGCCUAGACUUUCAACCAGCGAGAUAAAUCGAUAUACUUACUUUACGCUUAUGCUCCAUCCACCUACAAUGAAAAAUUUUACAUGUAACAUAUUAGUGAAAUAAUCAGUACAGAAGAAAGCUUAUUAGGUCGUCCUAUCAGUCGUUCUGCUUUAUUCGCUAAAGAGAUUUUAAAAUUAGAAAUUACCUGGUUUAAGUGAAAACGUAUUUGUCUCCUUCUUUUUUAAAAAAACUUUCUCUCUAAUUUUGGAACUUCCCGAACGUAAAAGAUCUUUGACUUGUAGAAAAAGUUUAUUGAACAAUAAUUUGCCGUGUUAUGCCAUAUAUUGACCAGAGAGCAAACUUUCAAUAGAUUGAAAUGGACAAUUUGGGAAACAUCAGGAAACUUGCCAAUCAAGGUGUAGAACUGGAUGGACUGGUGCUUUGAUCUAUGAAGAGAGGAUAAAGAGACCCCUCUGACUCGUCAUCCAACACACACUGAAAUCAUUUUGAAUGUAGCACGUCCCAUUUGUACGUUUUAAUCGUUCUUUUUUUCUUGGUUCGUUUCCAAGUUCAGUUAUAGUGUUUUUUUCAGUGAUGUUAAACAGGCCUUUGGACCAUAACAAAAAUAUUGGACAUACAAACAGGUUCAUUCUUCCUGAAUCCUGGGUACGCUGGGCACAAUAAUAAGAGAAAAAUCGGGUAAGACCAUUGAUGCUAAUAAUCCAGUCAAAUUUGCUUUAAAUUUGUGACCUCGUUUAAAGUUUUUGUAGAAACCAUCAUUUCCAGCGUAGUAUAUCACUCUUGCAUCACUAUAGGGAAAAAAUAAAUCACGAACUAUUUAAGGGUUUGACGCAAAUUGAUCAAAGCAGCUGUCAAAAGUUAAUCAAAAGUUAAUUAUCAAGUACGAAGUGCAACGAAAACUUAAUCGAAAGGUCUUUACUACAUGGUGUGGACUCCUCACGUGGUGCAGUUCUGUUUCAUCAGUAAAUUACUGUUUCAGCGUCAAAAGAUGCCAGAAGACCUGCACUAGAGUAAGCGUUAAAUUGCGUUUAAAUCUUUUCGCCAGGUUAUUGAGAAAAUUAUUUCUGUUUUGAAAAAUAUUUUUUGAACACAUACGUAAUUUUGCAAUUGAGUUUCAUUUUAUAUUAUGUAAGUUAUAAACGUUUAUUUGGAAGAUAGAUUGCUUUCUUUUUUAACCAGCUGAAGAACCCACGAAAGCAAGAAAUUACAUUCAUAGUUUCCUUGUUGGAAACUUUCUACACAC